AUGAGCUUUCAAAUCGGGGCGCUGCUCAAGGGCGCCUGCUACCUGGCGGAGGAGAUCUUCCACCUCCAGUCCAGGCACCACGGCAGCUUCUGGCGGGCCCUGAGCUCGUGCUUCCCCCCGCGCUGGCACGGGGCCAUGCUGCUCCUCUGUGCCUCAGCCUACGUGGCUCUCCUCGGGGAUGGGCAGCCCCUCGGCCUCCAACUCGGCCUGGCCAGCCUGUGCCAGCUCCUCAUCCUCGCCCUGGGGCUCCAGAAGCCCUCAGCAGUGGAGGUGUCUGAGAUGUCUGAGAGGUCCAAGCAGAACGUCGCCCACGGGCUGGCCUGGUCCUAUUAUGUGGGGUACCUAAAAAUAGUCCUGCCACGGGUGAAAAAGUCCAUGGAGGAAUUCAGCAGCGCCAACCCCAACCUGCUGGUGUGCAGGAAGACUUGGAAGCUCCACAUCUUGAUCCCUCUGAGCUGUGAUGUCUAUGAUGACCUGGAGAAAGCUGACAGCAACAUCCAGUACCUGACAGACCUCAGUGAAACCACCAUGGCCCGAGCUGGCACCAAAAAGAGGGUCUACAAACACAGCCUCUAUGCAAUCAGGGAUGAAGAAAACCAGCUCUGGCACUGUGCAGUGGAAUAUGCCACCCCCCUGCAGUCCCUCUACGCCAUGUCCCAGGAUGAGUGUGCUGCCUUCAGCCGGGAGGAGCGCCUGGAGCAGGCCAAGCUUUUCUACAGGACCUUGGAGGAGAUCCUGCAGAGCUCCAAGGAGUGUGCAGGGACCUACCGGCUCAUUGCCUACGAGGAGCCAGGAGAAGAAGAGACCCACUUCUUGUCCAGAGAGAUCCUGUGGCACUUGCGGCAGCAGCACCAGGAGGAGUUCGCUGUGCACGAGGGGAGCCCCCCGCCCACCCCAUCCACUGCCCUGGACUCAGCAGAGCUCAACCUGCAGAUCAGUGUGUCAGACCUGCCCCAGCCGCUGAGGAGUGACGGCUUCUGACCCCCUGCCCAGCCCCUCAGUGCUGCCUCGGGGCUCUGCUCCACCUUCCCCAACCCCCUUCCCCUUCCGACACGUGCUGCC